ACGCGAAAUAACGUCUACAUUACAAAUGAAUUUGGGUUCAACUUAAGGAUACAAUGAAUAAAGUGCGCAUUGCAAGCUUCGUUGCAACUCCUGUGAUCUACUCAACAACGACCGACCCAUCGAAUAAGAAAAAAACAAAUGCCGCAUCGAAAUCGUCAACUUUGAAAGGCUGUCAAACAAUGUCAACGAUGAAAACGAAUCACGUUAGCACUGUACUUCUCUAUGACAUCCCAAUAGUAUCACUUUAUAUCGAGGGUCAGGAGCGUUUGUGUUUAGCGCAGAUAUCUAACACACUGCUCAAACAGUAUAGCUAUAAUGAAAUACAUAACCGUAGAGUCGCUCUCGGUAUCACCUGUGUGCAAUGUACGCCAGUACAGUUGGAGAUUUUGCGACGUGCUGGCGCAAUGCCGAUUAGUUCGCGGCGUUGCGGCAUGAUUACACGACGUGAAGCCGAACGUUUGUGUAAAAGCUUUCUCGGGGACAAUGCACCGCCUAGACUACCUGAAGAUUUCGCUUUUACCGUGUAUCACAAGUGCGCUUGGGGUUGCCGCGGCUCAUUUCUACCAUCGCGUUACAACUCCUCGCGUGCGAAAUGCAUAAAAUGUUUCUAUUGUGGCAUGUUCUUUUCGCCAAACAAGUUUAUUUUCCAUUCACACCGCAUCACGGCAGGUGACAAGUAUAUACAGCCGGAUGCGGCAAAUUUCAAUUCCUGGCGUCGUCAUAUGAUACUGAGCGGCCAUCCGCCCGAGGAAAUAGUGCAUGCUUGGGAGGAUGUUAAAGCCAUGUUUAACGGUGGUACGCGUAAACGGCUCAUGAGCCACAAUUCUUUGUCAGCACACACUACAGCAACCAUCCAGAGGCAGCAACAGCAAGAUAAGUUACAAGCUAGCAUAAGUGCUGCUGCGCCGGUCACAACAGCCUACGCAUGUGCGAAUGAAACCAGUAUCGCUAAAAAUAUUACGACAGCAACAAAAUCUACCGUUAACCAAUAUGAUUACCAAGACAUUGAUUUAACCUUACGAGGUAAUAGCAGUUUUUUGCCUCCUCAUAACUCAUCACCUGAGUCCAAGAAACGACAAUGUGAACCGAUUGAACAGAAUGUUGGCACAGUAACAGCUGCGGCUAUGGUCGGUGUCACAGCCGUUGCGGCUGCAGUAGGUGCCGUGCGUCCAAUAAAUAUUAGCAACACAACGACACAUGGUGUUUCAUAUCAUGGGAGAACUAGCAGUGUUUCCACAUUGCAACUGAGUGAGGGAAAUGAACAUGAAAUGUCUGUAAUGCCAUUGUCGCGUAAUUUCAUGAUGGACUACAUGUGGCAUGCACACACGGCGCAAAAAUCGAAUACAUCGGUCAACAAAAAUCGAAAUUACAACAAUGGUUAUAAUAUCACCGUGAGCCCAUUUGGGCUCACAGACUAUGCUAUGCAUUGGUUAAGAACGCCACCAAUUGGCAGCAAUAAAGAAUUUUUCUCACAACUGCCCCUGGUCGCCACGUCGGACAGUGAGGGUGGCGAUUGUGAUGGCAAUAGCACCGCUUUGAGCCGAAAUUAUGUAAAAAAAAAUACUGCCCACGAGUUAGGUCCUCUCAAUAACUUGGUCGAUGCAAACACAGCUUUUAUACCGCAAUUCGUCACGGCAUCGGCAUUCAAACCAGUUUGCCAACAAAACAAACUGAAUGUCUUCAAUGCUGUGGCUGCGGUAACGGUAGCAGCGACAACUACUGCUUUGGCUACCUCAUCCGUUUACUCUACCGCUACAAUAUCGACAGGUGCUCAAACUGCAAUCAAAUCAAAUGAAAUUAAUUUCAGCGGUUUGCCAGCUGAAAAUAUGACGCGUUUAAAGUCAGUUUCGCCGUUACUGAUUGAUGCUAGUUUAACAAAUGCAGGCGCAACGGAAGCGCUCGCCUUGAAAGUGCACGCUAACUUCCGUGCUGUAGGUUCAAAUAAUUUACAAUUUCGUCGAUGCGUACCACAAGCAACCGCACACUCGCAAUUAGCGCUUCCCAUGCCGCCGGGCUCGCCAUACCGAGCACCAUCGUUAGAUGACGGUGAUAACAACAACGAUCCCGAUGAUGAUGAGAUGGUUGACAUUGAAACGACAGAAGAUGAUUUGCAGCCUAGCAAAAGUUUUAAAAUAGCUCUAAGUAUGUCCUCAUGUCAUCAUCAACCUGCUGAUACGCCCACGCUUGCAUCAUUACAUACCAAUCCGCAUAAUACCGGGAAGCCUGUUGUAACGGCAGCAGAGCCCGUUUGGACCACGCUAUCAGUGUCUCGCAUAUCGCCGGAUUAUUAUAAAAAUGAAAAAAUUGGUGCAAAUGUACAACCAGCGCAAAUGUUACAAAAUCAUGUAACACACGCCAAUAUCAAUGCAGAAACCGUUAACUUUGAUAACAUCGUUAAGCAGCAGGUGGACCCAAAUGUCUAUACUAAAAACAGCAAUAACAAUCAUCGAAAAGUGGAAAAUAAUUGCGCACGGUUUCGACAAUCGCCAGUGCAUAGCAGUACAUCCAACGAUAGUUUAUAUGCGUCAGCAAAAGAUGAAAGCAUCAAAAAUGCCACUAACUCCAUUGAAAUCGUGAACACCAACAGUAUAACCCACCAACACCAUGCGUAUAAUUUGGGGUCAUCAUUGGUAUGGAAGAAACUCUUGAGCUCAGAGGUAAGGCCUCACGUUAUCAUUGUUGUUUAUGGUAAAUAGCAAACAUUUCAGUUAAAUUAAGAAUUGAUUUUAUUUAUUACCUAAAACUAAAUGAGUUAGAUAUAGAGCUAUGUAUGUAUAUCCCAUGAUCACAACGAAGAGUGGAGUUGAUUUCCACGCCCACAAAAUGGCGUUAAGUGAAAGAUUAUAAAGCAGAUGUACCCAAAAACAGGUAUGUUAUUAUAAAUUAAAGUAAAGUGGUGUUGGUUUAUUAUUUGGGCCUACUAAGAACCCUUGGCGUCAACUUCGUCCUUUAGUCUUAGAUAGCCGCUUCACUUAUUCGUUAUGGAUACUCGUAAAUUUUUCUUCGUCUCUGUUACCGCUAACGAGAUCAACCGAGCACAUAGGCGGUAUUUCCUUCAACCCGCACAGAGGAAAUUCUGUUGGCCACCUAUUGGGCUGGAGGCUUGCUGGCAAACUCAGCAUCGGGUUCGGGUCAUCCAACUUAAAUAACAUGAUUAUAGAAACCAGGCGGCACUAUGCUCCUUGCAGGAGUAAUGUGAACAAAUAUAACGCUUGAACAGACGUACAAAGAGAAGAAACGGAUUCCUAGUCGCCACGUCAUUCUGAUCAUUUCAUAUAAUUCGUCUAGUUUUACGUGUUACAACCGUCUGAUGAACGAAAUUAUUAUAUACGUUCAACAUGUUGCGAGGGAUUGUACGGAUCAUCAGCGGUGCCAUGACGAAACGGUUAGAGUUGCGCGUGAUGAGCGAUAUUGCCAUUUUUAAUUCACUGUGAUUUUAUAUUUCGAUCACACCUAAAAACAAAUUUAUGAAAAUUUCUACGCCACAUUUAUUUUUAAUAUUCAACAUAUUUUCCAUUACACUAUCUAUUUAUUUAUAGAAUCAGGGCAUAUCAUAAAGCGUUAUGCCUAUUAUAUAAUAUAAAUAUCUAUUUAUUGUUUUAUCUAGAUAUGAAUACGUCAACAACAAGCUCGAAGCCGCCGUUACCAACUAAAUAUAAUUGAAGUCGGUCUGGUGUCAGAUAAGGAGUAUAAAAACGUUUUUACUGAAAUUUCAACUUUUCACCAGACGAAGUGAUUGCAGCACCGCCCGUUUAAUAUGCCUGCAGAGUUGACGCUAAUAAGCAUAUGACAACGUAUAUUUCCAUUAAUAAUAUUUUGUUAUCCUGUCUUUAAAAACUUAUUCAAUAUAUGUCAUAGUAUUUAUUAGAACAAAUACUUAAAAAAAUUAUGUAUGAUAUA